UUUUCCCGUGAUGCCCCGCCCCCUUCCCGUGGUGCUCUGCGCGGCGGCGGCGGCGGCAGCGGAGGCGCCAUGUUCCUGCAGUGCUACAGCGACGAGCGCGGCGAGCGCGUCUACACCCUGAAGAAGGUGUCCCCGGCCGGGCAGCCCACCCGUUCGGCCCACCCGGCCCGUUUUUCCCCCGACGACAAGUUCUCCCGGCACCGCCUGGCCCUGAAGCGGCGGUUCGGCGUCCUGCCCACCCAGCGGGCGCGGCCGCUCCUCUGAGGGAGGAGACCGAGACCCGAGACCCGGCCCCGGCCGCGGAAUAAACCGAUGAGAUGGAAA